AUGGGUUGUUCUUUCUUCGUGGCGGCGGUUUUGGUGGCGGCUUUAUUAUCGGCACCAGCCAUGGCGGGUCGUCUAGAGCUAAGGAACGAGAUCUCGGGGGUAUCUAGUGUUAGGAAAACGAAGCUGGCCGUGCGGUGCUGGUCGAACGAGGACGACCUCGAAUGGAACAUGGUAAAGCCAAAUGAAUCACGGAUAUGGAAGUUCACGACGAUGAACAUGUGGCCGUUUAAGAAAACUGAGUUCCGGUGCAUGUUUCGAAGCGCAUUCGGAACGACGAGCGAUGACGUGGUGACGGUGUUUUCUGUCGAAGGAGGGUUUAGGAAGCAGUGCGGUGUGGGAGGGAACGAAUGCAUUUGGGUGGCGAAGAGAGAUGGUUUCUAUCUAAGAAAGAUCUUAAAGGAUGAUGAUCGUCAUGGUCAUAAGAAGUUUGUUGAUGUCCUCAAAAGCAAAUGGGUUUGGAAAUGGUGA